AGUCACAGCAUUCGCGUAGAGUAACACUGGUGCUGCCCGAUGUGUGAGAGUAGCAAAUUGUAGCAAGCAAGCCGUCAUUCAUGUUGAAUAUAUUCCGUCGUUUGUGUCAAAACACAGGAGUGCAUUUUGCGUUUAUUCACGCGUUCACAAUUCUUUACUCAGUGGAAAACGAACAAAACGGCAUAAUUUUUUGGCAAAUUAUUGAAUUAAAUUCGCCGUUUGUAACUAGUACAGAAUAAGUUGAUUGGAACUGAAUAGUCAAAAGGGUUUCAAUUGAAUUGGCGAAUAAUUGGUAAAAGUAAGGUUAGAGUAACAUACGCGCUCAAUUCGUUCGGAGAAUUUACGUAAAAAAAGUCGCAAAAAUGGUGCCAAUUGGUCAUCCAGGUGCACCACACAACAUUCAUGGACCACAUGGAAUGCAAUCGAUGCCGAGCGCACCAUCCGGACCGAACACAUUGUCUACCAAUCAGUCAAACAAAGCAGCAUCAUCAGUGAAACCAAAUUACACAUUGAAAUUCACAUUGGCCGGUCACACAAAAGCAGUAUCAGCGGUAAAAUUCAGUGCUAACGGUGAAUGGCUCGCCAGUUCAUCUGCUGAUAAAUUGAUCAAAAUCUGGGGUGCCUACGAUGGUAAAUUUGAGAAAACAAUUGCCGGCCACAAGUUGGGUAUUAGCGAUGUGGCUUGGUCGAGCGAUAGUCGUUUGUUGGUUAGUGCCAGUGACGAUAAAACACUAAAACUCUGGGAAUUAAGCACUGGAAAAUGUCUAAAAACACUCAAGGGCCACAGUAAUUAUGUGUUUUGCUGUAAUUUCAAUCCACAAAGCAAUUUGAUUGUGUCAGGCAGUUUUGAUGAGAGUGUACGCAUUUGGGAUGUUCGAACUGGUAAAUGUUUGAAAACACUGCCCGCACACUCGGAUCCAGUGAGUGCGGUCAAUUUCAAUCGUGACGGUUCGUUAAUUGUAUCAUCAAGCUAUGAUGGUUUGUGCCGUAUUUGGGACACCGCUUCGGGUCAAUGUCUGAAAACAUUGAUUGACGACGAUAAUCCGCCUGUGUCAUUCGUCAAAUUCUCACCGAACGGCAAAUAUAUUCUGGCCGCCACACUCGACAACACACUCAAACUAUGGGACUACUCUAAAGGCAAAUGCUUAAAAACGUACAUCAACCACAAAAAUGAAAAGUAUUGCAUAUUCGCCAACUUCUCAGUCACCGGCGGAAAGUGGAUUGUAUCGGGCAGCGAAGAUAAUAUGGUUUACAUUUGGAAUCUACAGAGCAAAGAAGUCGUACAGCGCUUACAAGGCCAUACAGACGUUGUACUAUGCACGGCAUGCCAUCCGACAGAGAACAUCAUCGCAUCGGCCGCCCUCGAAAACGACAAAACAAUCAAACUGUGGAAGAGUGAUACAUAAAUUCAACAAGUGGACAGAACAUUCAUUUUAAGUCACCGUUUCCACCAUUUGGAUGUAAAUCAUCUCGAAAGAGAGACUCUUCGGUUUCUUUUUUCUACAUUUCAAACUGAUUUCUACUGGAUUUUUUUAGUCUUUAUAAGCAAUUUUGAAUUCAGAAAAUGAAUUUCGUUUCUUUAAGUAAUAAUCAAAGGAAAAAUAAUAUAAACGUGAACAAGGACCGCUUCAUAAACGUUACGCAUAUUUUGGCUACCGCAAUUUGAGUCGCUUCAAACAAGUUGAAUUAUUUUAUUGAAUCUACUCCCGUAAAAUGCGUAAACAAAUAAAUGAAGCAAAAGACACAACAAUAAAAUCAGAUAAUUUUGACAAGACCACAAAUGUAAAUCAUUAUAUAAUGACCGACAUUAAUUGAAACCCAUUUUUUCCUUUAUGACAAACAUUUUGAUGAGUUACAAAAAUAAAAAUUACAAUUAUAUUGAGGAAGAACAACAACAA